AUGGAUCAUCAACAACAACAAGCUAAUCAUCCAUUCAUGUUACACAUGAAGACUUGCCAGAAUGAUGUUCAAGAAGUUGGCAAACUACUGGCAAACAAGUUCUACAGAGACAACAUAGACCUAAAGGAUAAAUAUGGUUAUCCAGCAUCACAUUACGCCAUCCAUUAUGGACACAAAGAUAUACUUGACCUGUUGAUUAGACAUGGGGCCGAUCCAACUUUGAAGAGCAGGGCUGGUUGGUCGUGUUUGGAUGAGGCUAAAGGAAGAGGUGAGCGUGAGUUGGUAUCAAUGUUAAUCACAUCAAAGAGACUACACAAACAAACUACCAACAAGUUCAUUAGCAUAUUCAAUGCCAUCAAGGAUCUUCCAGACUUUGAGAUGGAGAUGCAUUGGGAGAUGAAGAGUUGGUUACCAUUCGUUAGCAAGAGAGUGUGUCCAACUGAUGACUUUAAGAUAUUCAAGAAGGGAGCAUCCUUUAGAGUAUACACUUCAUACUUGGACCCUGAGACACAGAAGAGACAAUCAAUCUCAUUCAUCUUGGAUGGACAACAGAAGAAGUUCAUGUUCUUGGACUCAGAGAGCAGAAAGUAUAAGGAGUUGGUAUUGAAGGACUAUUAUUAUAAUCUUUCCAACUUGGAUGAAGAGGUCGACUUGAACAUGCAGAUCAAUAGGACAGGACGAGUGAGGAUACUUCGUGAGACUGUCCAGUUCAAGCCUAUCAAGACACUGACUGGUUCGGUAAAGAAUGAGGUCAUUGGACAGCCGGGUUGGCGCGCAGACACCUACUCAGUGUCCGGUACCAACUAUCUAAUGUAUCGCAAGUUCUUCAAUGCCCAUGAGAAGAAGUCGCUUAGCUCAACACUCCAUACUCUGACCAAUGCUCAUAGUCGUGACUACUCGCCAUUGCUUACUGACAACACCCGUCGAGUCAAUACUGUUCGCGACACUGCCAUGAACAGCAAGAUAACAUCAAAGAACUACUUUGCCGUGCCAAAGGGCUUUGACUUGGAGAGCCACAUGUUCAAGUCGGAGAAGGUGGCUCAUAAGAGCAAUGGACUGCGAUGUAAGGGAGAGACCAUCGAGUCACAGUUUGAGAGCUUCGAAGGAAAGGUUUGGCUGUCCCAUGAGUUCCCCAGAGACAUGCGCCAACUUAUGCCAGUAUUUGAUGCCAUUGCCAAGACCAACAAGGUGUUUGCAUCAAUCAAGAACAUAUUCUCAUUCGACUUCCCCAACAAUGGAUUCCCUGUAAAGAUAUACUUCCCAAUAUUCCCAACCUUUUAUACAACUCUCAUCUUUAACAAUUACUCAUGA